CUCGGGAGUUGAUAAAUGCGAGCUGUCUCGAAAGAUUCAAACAUAGUUUUAGUUGAUUGCCAAGUUCUCGAAGACACAGACCAGACUGGCCAGGAUUACAUCAUUCUGUCGCAGCCAAACCCCCGUACCGUGCUGACGAUCCGUUCUGUGUCUGUACUCAUCACCACCACCACACGAAGAGGGAAGGGAGGACUUUAUUGUUCAAGGCUAGCGAGCUAGCUUUGCUGAGCGGCUUGUUUUUUGUGUGUGGAGUGUGGACCACAAGCUAUAUGGCUACGAAUUGUGAAACGAUAUAUGGACUUUCAGAAGAUGAGCAUGAAACAAGGGUCCUGCGGGUCAAAGUCAUUGCAGGAAUUGACCUGGCGAAGAAAGACAUCAUUGGAGCAAGUGAUCCUUAUGUCAAACUCUCUCUCUAUGUGGCGGAUGAAAACAAGGAGCUUGCCUUAGUCCAAACAAAAACCAUUAAAAAGACCCUGAAUCCCAAAUGGAAUGAAGAGUUCUACUUCAGAGUGUGCCCGCAGAAUCAUAGACUGCUGUUUGAGGUGUUUGAUGAAAACAGACUGGCUGUCUCCAAGAAUGGGCUUUUUCACCUCGGACAGACCAGAGAUGAUUUCCUGGGACAAGUUGAUGUGCCUCUCAGUCACUUACCGACAGAGGACCCAACCAUGGAACGUCCCUAUACGUUUAAAGACUUCCUUUUGCGACCAAGAAGUCACAAGUCCAGGGUGAAAGGCUACCUGCGUCUGAAGAUGGCAUACUUGCCAAAACAAGGAGGGCAGGAGGAGGAGACUGAAGAGAUGAGAGAAGAGGCCGAAAGUUGGGAUGACUCUACAGACCCUGGCUCCCAGCGACCCCAGCAGCUGCUUCCCCCACUGCCCCCGGGCUGGGAGGAGAAAGUAGACAACCUAGGUCGCACCUACUAUGUCAAUCACAACAAUCGCAGUACACAGUGGAAACGGCCUUCCAACAUGGAUGUGGUAUCGGAAACAGAGAGUGACAACCAACAACGGCAGAUCAAUCAGGAAGCUCACCGCGUGUUCCGCUCCAGGCGGCACAUCAGUGAAGACCUAGAGAAUGAGCACCUGGAGGCCAGGGAAUUGGACAAUUCAUGGCAACAAAUAACAGAAGAGGACCCUAAUGACUCCUUAUCCCAGUCGCUGCCUGGACCCUCCUCUGCCAUGACACCACAAGAACCAGCCCCACAGGAGUUCUUUGGGGAUUUGAACCUGAGGCUUUUUCUCCCCCCUGAUGCUAAUGGAGAGCUGCCAGGACCCAGUUCAGCUCUAAGCCAACUGUCAAACAGAUUUCGUUCCUCCAGUAUGACUGAUGGAGUUAGCGAGCAGGCCCUGACUUCUCCUCUGACGCAGAGUUCCCAGACCAGAAGAACAAGAGCUCAAACAGUCACAGGCAGUGAAGAAGCCAUGUCUCCCUCGGCAGCUGCUUACGUCAUGACCACUCCCGGUUUGCCCCCUGGAUGGGAGGAGAGGAAGGAUGCCAAGGGCCGCACUUAUUACGUCAACCAUAACAACCGCUCCACUACCUGGACUAGGCCAAUUGUGCAGCUGACAGAAGAUGGAGCGAGCACCUCUGCAGCUGCAUCAGAAGGAGCCUCUGCAAUGGCGGCCUCCUCCUCCUCAGCCUCCAACAGCCACCUUCAUGAGCCCCAGGUCCGACGGCCUCGUAGCCUUAGCUACCCCACUGUCACCUUGUCCACCCCCAUGGAGGGGGCCAACAACAUCCAGGUGCGGAGGGCUGUAAAGGACACUUUCUCUAAUCCUCAGUCUCCUCAGCCAUCCCCCUACAGUUCCCCCAAGUCACAGCACAAGCCUCAGCAGAGUUUCCUGCCCCCAGGCUGGGAGAUGAGGAUAGCCCCCAAUGGAAGACCUUUCUUCAUUGACCACAACAGCAGGAACACCACAUGGGAGGAUCCCAGGUUGAAGUAUCCAGUCCAUAUGAGGACUAAGAAUUCAAUGGAGCCCGGCGACCUAGGCCCUCUUCCUCCUGGAUGGGAGGAAAGAGUUCACACAGAUGGACGCACAUUCUACAUCGACCAUAAUACAAAGAACACCCAGUGGGAGGACCCUCGUCUGCAGAGUCCAGCUAUAACAGGACCUGCUGUUCCGUACUCUAGGGAGUUCAAACAGAAAUAUGACUACUUCAGAAAGAAACUGAAGAAACCGGCGGAUAUCCCCAACCGGUUUGAGAUGAAACUGCACAGAAACAAUAUUUUUGAAGAGUCUUAUCGUCGAAUCAUGUUCCUAAAGAGGCCGGAUAUUCUGAAGGCACGGCUGUGGAUUGAAUUUGAGUCAGAAAAAGGAUUGGAUUAUGGUGGUGUGGCCAGAGAGUGGUUCUUCCUGCUGUCCAAGGAAAUGUUCAAUCCCUACUAUGGCCUGUUCGAAUACUCAGCCACAGACAACUACACUCUGCAGAUAAAUCCCAACUCUGGCCUCUGCAAUGAGGAUCACCUUUCCUAUUUCAAGUUCAUUGGUAGAGUGGCAGGAAUGGCUGUGUUUCAUGGAAAACUGUUGGACGGUUUCUUCAUUCGGCCUUUCUACAAAAUGAUGCUGGGGAAACAGAUUUCUCUCAAGGACAUGGAAUCUGUGGACAGUGAAUAUUACAAUUCUCUGAAAUGGAUUCUUGAGAACGACCCCACUGAGCUGGACCUGCGAUUCUGUAUCGACGAGGACAACUUUGGACAGACGUACCAGGUGGACUUAAAGCCUAGUGGGUCCGACAUGGUUGUCACCAAUGACAACAAAAAGGAAUACAUUGACUUGGUCAUUCAGUGGAGAUUCGUCAACAGGGUCCAAAAGCAGAUGAAUGCCUUUUUGGAGGGUUUCACUGAGCUCAUUCUCAUUGAUCUGAUCAAGAUCUUCGAUGAAAACGAGCUGGAGCUGCUGAUGUGUGGUUUGGGUGAUGUCGAUGUCAAUGACUGGAGACAACACACUGUUUAUAAAAAUGGCUACUGCCCCAACCACCCAGUCAUACAGUGGUUCUGGAAGGUUGUCCUGUUAAUGGAUGCUGAAAAGAGAAUCCGUCUUCUCCAGUUCGUCACAGGAACAUCCAGAGUGCCAAUGAAUGGCUUUGCUGAGCUCUACGGUUCCAAUGGACCUCAGUUGUUCACAAUUGAACAGUGGGGAACACCAGAUAAAUUGCCAAGAGCACACACAUGUUUUAACCGCCUGGAUCUGCCCACAUACGAUUCCUUUGAGGACCUGAGGGAAAAACUGCUCAUGGCUGUGGAGAACGCCCAAGGUUUUGAGGGAGUUGACUAAACGACAAGCACCGACUGCAUCAAAAUGACUUUGAAAAUUAAAAAAAAAAAAACAGAAAAAAAAA